GGAGUCUGGGAGAAGCGGAGAAGGAGGACGCCGAGGCGAGGAGGAACCGCGCCGCGCCCAGCGCCCGGCUCCCGGCUCCGCGCGGCGGGCUGCCCCCGCUCCCGGUACCGCAGCUCCAGGUCCUCGGAAGCCAGCAUAUUUCUGUAAGACGUGGAAGAGAGAGAGCUCAUCAUGCUCAGGGUUUAGGGCAUGCUGUGUGUAGCCACAGCCCUCCCAGCAGGCGGCCUGACCCACCUGUGACCUGUGACCUGUGACCUCUUCUGGGAAUUCUCAGGAGCUGAGGGCGUCCGUCGUUCCCUAGGUUCCUCGCACCACGUGAGAACUUUGAUGUUUCUGGUGUAGUAUCAUCAACCAUAAUCACCACACUGUGCACUAAAUCUCCAGGACUUACUACAGACUAGUAGCAAGCUUGUACCCUUCAACAUCUCCCCAAUUCUCCCACUCUCCUCCGCACCUCUGAAGCAUCUGGCAUGUCAGAGCCACACAGUUAUCUUCCAUGGGACUCCCUCUGUGAACAGCUUCCAUUUAAAAGACUUUUGUGAAUAUAUUGUUUCAACCAGGUCCCCAGAGAACAUAUUUGUCUUCUGAUCUGCUGGAGAUCUUAAGUGGGAAUUGAACUUAAUGACUGACCCCCAAUAAGAGAAUUUGUGAAGAAGAGAAAGAGUAACUUUCCAGAGGAGAAUCCUGGUAAACACUAGUGAUCAAGGUUAUCAUCACAAGUGGAAGCUACUAGAGAAUGUGCUCUACAAAAAUGAGGAUGUAAACCAAGAAAGAGGAAGCCAUGGGAUCCAGGAAACGGGGGACCCAACACAGGCGAGAGGCGCAGGGAUUUCGCAAGAUGGUGUUAAAAAGAAGCCCCAGGACAACAGAAUCUGAUGACCUCCGUGGGGACCCUGCACUCAGCCAUCAGAGCGCUCCUGCUGCCCAGGAUGGUCCUACUUCAGUACUAGAUGCUGGUGGCCUUGAAAGCAUCACCCGGUGUCCCCAGCAGCUUCCUCAGAUGAUGGCUGCAGCAGCCGAUGGUUUGGGAAGUAUAGCGAUAGACACCACGCAGCUCAACAUGUCCGUGACAGAUCCCACAGCCUGGGCCACCGCCAUGAAUAACCUGGGCAUGGUUCCCGUGGGGCUGCCUGGACAGCAGCUCGUGUCCGACUCAAUCUGUGUCCCAGGCUUUGAUCCAGGCCUCAACAUGAUGACUGGGAUUACGCCCAUUAACCCAAUGAUUCCAGGCCUGGGGCUGGUGCCACCCCCACCACCAACAGAAGUGGCUGUUGUCAAAGAAAUAAUCCACUGCAAAAGUUGUACUCUUUUCCCUCAAAAUCCAAAUCUUCCACCUCCUUCCACAAGAGAACGACCUCCUGGGUGUAAGACCGUGUUUGUCGGAGGAUUACCAGAAAACGCUACUGAGGAAAUUAUUCAAGAAGUCUUUGAGCAGUGUGGUGAUAUUACAGCCAUUCGGAAAAGCAAGAAGAAUUUUUGUCACAUUCGCUUUGCGGAGGAAUUCAUGGUUGAUAAAGCCAUUUACCUUUCCGGUUACCGGAUGCGAUUAGGGUCCAGCACGGACAAAAAGGACUCGGGCCGCCUGCAUGUGGACUUCGCCCAGGCCAGGGACGACUUCUACGAGUGGGAAUGCAAGCAGCGGAUGCGCGCGCGCGAGGAGCGGCACCGGCGCAAGCUGGAGGAGGACCGGCUGCGGCCGCCCUCGCCGCCCGCCAUCAUGCACUACUCAGAGCACGAGGCCGCGCUGCUGGCGGACAAGCUGAAAGAUGAUAGCAAGUUUUCAGAGGCUAUCACAGUGCUCCUUUCCUGGAUUGAACGUGGGGAGGUGAAUCGGCGUUCCGCAAACCAGUUCUAUUCCAUGGUGCAGUCAGCCAAUAGCCACGUCCGCCGGCUGAUGAACGAAAAAGCCACCCAUGAACAGGAGAUGGAAGAGGCCAAGGAGAAUUUUAAAAACGCCUUAACCGGAAUCCUCACCCAAUUUGAGCAGAUUGUGGCCGUUUUCAACGCUUCUACCAGACAAAAAGCUUGGGACCAUUUCUCGAAAGCUCAGCGCAAGAACAUAGACAUUUGGCGAAAGCACUCUGAGGAGCUCCGGAAUGCUCAAAGUGAGCAGCUCAUGGGCAUCCGCCGUGAAGAAGAGAUGGAAAUGUCAGAUGAUGAGAACUGUGAUAGCCCUACUAAAAAAAUGCGAGUCGAUGAAUCAGCCCUGGCCGCUCAGGCCUAUGCUCUCAAGGAGGAGAACGACAGUCUCCGUUGGCAGCUGGAUGCCUACAGGAACGAGGUAGAGCUGCUCAAACAAGAGAAGGAACAGCUCUUUCGAACAGAGGAAACUGUCACCAAGGACCAGCAGCUCCAGUUCCUGCAGCAGACCAUGCAAGGCAUGCAGCAGCAAUUGCUGACCAUCCAGGAGGAGCUAAACAAUAAGAAGUCAGAACUGGAACAAGCAAAGGAAGAGCAGUCCCACACGCAGGCGCUACUCAAAGUCCUCCAGGAGCAGUUAAAAGGUACCAAGGAAUUGGUUGAGACCAAUGGCCACAGCCAUGAGGACACAAAUGAAAUCAAUGUGUUGACAGUUGCAUUGGUCAAUCAAGACCGAGAGAACAAUAUAGAAAAAAGAAGCCAAGGUUUAAAAUCAGAGAAAGAAGCUCUACUAAUCGGCAUCAUAUCAACGUUUCUUCACGUCCAUCCUUUUGGAGCCAAUAUAGAGUACCUUUGGUCAUACAUGCAGCAGCUGGACUCCAAGAUAUCUGCAAACGAAAUUGAAAUGCUUCUGAUGAGGCUGCCACGCAUGUUUAAACAGGAAUUCACGGGCGUGGGAGCAACACUGGAAAAAAGGUGGAAGCUGUGUGCCUUUGAAGGAAUUAAAACGACCUAACUGUGAAGAGCUGGCAAGUCUCUGGAAACAAAGGCGCCUGACGGGGCCAGGGCUGUGCAGCGUGAGCACUGGAGGCUGGGGAUGGUCCGGCCUGGGGCCCCUGUGGAGCCAUCGGGGCCCGACUUCAGUUACAUCUGUGGCGUUCUCCUGUGAGUGGAAAUGUGCUUGUGUACCAGUUCCCUAAAACAAAGCUUCAUACUGUGACAGAUCUGUUUCCUAUGAAAACCAACGAUUCCACAGUCAUAAUGAUGGCAAAAUCUUAAAAUAUGCUACAUUUGAGAAUAGCUCACCGAGCAAAAUAUUUAAAGUUAAUGACAGUGUAGCAAUGGUUGUCGCUAGGCUGCACAGUUGUAUAUGUAAUGUAUAGCUGAAAUCAUUCAAUGACAUUUUCCUGAAAGUCUUUCUGUUUUAGUAAAAAAAUAAAAACAAAAAUAAAAAUAAGAAGUAAUUUUACAGUGAGGAAAAAUCAUACCAAAAGGAAACUUGAAUAUGUGUCUGAACAUUUAUUGUAUUUUGUAAAUUAAGUUAUAUGCUAUUCCAGGGACUUUUGCCUUACUGAAGAGGCAGAAAAUGUGAUUGGACUCCUUGGACUCCUUGAGAAUGCUUUAUCAAGAAUAUUAUUUUUCUAAUGUAACAAUUCUCCAUCAUAAGUUCUUUUAACAUGGACUGCGUAACGAUUUUCAUAAAAUGUAAAUAAAGGAAAGCUAGUGCUGCUGUCUUGUACUUGGUAUGUAAUAUUCAGGUUUAUGCAUCAAAAUAAACAUUCAGUAAAUAUUCCUGUUACAAAUUUUAUAGCAAAGAUAUUAAUUUUUUUCAAUAAAUAUGACUUCUGCCAUAAA